AGUGCAGAUGGUGGUGUGAUUGAUUGUGUGCAACUAUACAAGCAACCGGCUUUGAGACAUCCGCUUCUCAAGAAUCAUGUUAUCCAGAUGAAGCCCAGUUCAUAUCCACAUGGAAUCAAGACACCAAAUCACUCGCACCACAAUAGUUCAACUUCAAACCCGCAGCUGAUCCAGAAUUGGCACAAGAAUGGAGGUUUUUGCCCUCCUGGAACCAUACCCAUUACCAGAUCAAAACUGAAUGUGCCACGUAAGACGGCACGUGUUCCGACAUCAUUCGCCGAUCAUCGCGGCGGGGGCAACCACCUGGAUGGCAAGGAAACCGACCCUACAGGUCAUGAGUUCGUUCAAGCGUCCAUCUUUGGAGGCAACUACUAUGGAGCGACGGCAAAUAUCAACGUGUGGAGCCCAAAAGUAGAAGGGGAUAACGAAUUCAGCACGGCCCAACUUUGGGUCUAUGCUGGCCCAGAAGUCAAUGUCAUCGAGUUUGGUUGGAUGGUCACCAAGAAACAAAACCAGCCAAGCAUAUUCACAUCUUGGACUGACUUGGAGACCGGGAACUGGUGGCUGACCUUCCAAGGAGAGGAAAUGGGGUACUUCCCGCCGGUCAUUUUCACGAGCCUGGCAGAGAGAUCAAAUCGGGUCAGUUGGGGCGGUGAGGUGGUGAACAGCAAGAGCCUGGAGGACGGUGGCCACACCGCUACCGAAAUGGGGAGCGGGCGUUACGCCGGCGAAGGUUUCAGCCAAGCCUGCUACUUUCAGAACGCGGCCUACUUGACCAGCGACGGAGUGGCGACGGACCCAGAAAGAAUCGAGACCUUCACGUCGAGGGAGCCCUGCUACAACAUCGAUUUCGGGCCCAGAGUUGCCUCGCCGUCGCCCGGGGCCCAUUUCUACUUCGGUGGGCCGGGGGCCUCGCCUUCUUGUACAUUUUGAUGGAGAUAGAUAUGUGGAACUAAUGCUAUUCAAAGAAUAUCGAACGAACGAGUUGAUUGUGUCCUGUAUGGUGGUGGGUUAUGGAUG